ACGGAAGAAUAGCACUUAAAAAAAGAGCAAAAAAAUAGGGUAGCCGUCAACAAUCCAAACAUCCAAACAAUUUAUAGUUUCUUUAAUUCUAAAGAUAAUUUUAAAGUUUUUUUUUUUUUUUUCAUUAAUGAAUGCAAAACCUCAAUUAUGGCAUGUAUAAAUAAUUAGAAUUUAGGAGAUUGGAGAUAUUAUAACCAAUAAAAAAAAUUUAUUUAUUGAUUAAUUGAGGUAUAUUAGCAUUUAAUUAGCAAAAGCAGCAGUCAUGGUUGAAGUAUGACACUGAAAAAACCAAAGUAGAAGUCGGCAAAAACAACAGAACCUUGCUCCCGAAGUUACCCAAACAACCUUUUUCUCCUUAGCCUAUAUAUAUACACGGCACCAUCCUUAUUAGAGAAGUUUAUUCUCUCUCACACUUUUCUUUUCACUCUAAAAACAGAGUUCUUUGCUGCCAUGGCGAAAUUGAGGAUUGGGGGUAUAUGGGUAGGGGUGAUAGAGUUAGAAUUGGAGAAUUGGACGGUGGCGAUGUUGAGGGAAGAGGUAGCCAAGCGAUCAAACGCGGAAGGUCCUGACUCUAUACAACUUAUAUGUUCUGGUAAAGUAUUGAAAGAUGAUGAUGGCACUGAAAAGUUAAGCCAAUUGGGUAUCAAAAACAACGCUAAGAUUCUGGCCAGUCGUGUCUCUGUUGAUGAAGGCAAGUCCUUGAAAAAUGAGUUGAUGGCUGAGGAAGAACGCUCUCGUAGACUUGCUCGAGUCAAGGUUGCUGCCACUGCACUUUCCAAGAGACAUGUAGAUGGUUCAUUACCAAUCGAGGACUUCAAUAUUGAACUUGAAAACCAGGGAGGGCAAAAAGUACAAUUAGGAACUGAGACUGAUCAGCGGGCUGUGAUGAUGGGUCUGAUGCUUCAUGAAAAUGCAAAGAAUCUAAUUAGGAGACAACUGUAUCAAGAUGCACUGGAAGUGCUCACCAUGGGGGAGGAGGCUUUCUCUCUUUGUGAUCCUAAGGUCCUUGAGGUGAGACAUUCUUUCUUAGACUUAAAGAAGUUUAUUGAUAAUGUACCAAUACUGCAAAUAGACAUGGUCUGGUGCUAUUUCUUGCUCCAAGAUAUCAGUUGGCUUUCGGUUGCAGGAAUACGCCUUGAAAAAGCCAGAGAAGGACUUGAACGUUGUCAUGGGAAGGAUUUUUCCCGUAUUAGACUCCUUCAAGCUGGUUGCCAGCCAGAGCUUGCACUACAUUUGAGAUUGGAGUUGUUGGAAGGGGUGGUGGCAUAUCAUACUGGUCAGUUUGAUAAAUCUAGGAAGGCACUGACCUCUGCACAAGCAAAAUUCUCACAGUUGCAAGUGCCAGAUGAAGCCUUAUCACAUGUUAUGAGCAUGGGCUUCAAGGAGCGUGAUGCAAGGAGAGCAUUAAGAUUGAACAAUCAAGAUAUUGGGAGUGCUGUUGAUUUUCUUUUUGAGGAAAAGGCAAAGAGAGCAAAAAAGCGGGAGGAUGAUAUUCGGCAUAGAAUGGAAAUCAUGGAACAAAAACAAUAUGGAGUAACACCACUGAAGAAGGCUGUGAAUCUUGAGAAAUUGACAGAACUAGUCGCCAUUGGAUUUGAAAAGAAUCUUGCUGCAGAAGCCCUUCGAAGGAAUGAGAAUGACUUUCAAAAAGCAUUAGAUGAUUUGACAAAUCCAGAAACUAAUUCUGUCAUGCAGCUUGAUAUUGAAGCAAGGACAAGGAAAAGAAAACAACGAAGUGCAGAUGCCAGAAUUGAAGAGCUUGUAUCCAUGGGAUUUGACAGAUCAAGAGUGGUUGCUGCGGUUCUGGAUGGUGAAACAAUGGAGCAAACAAUGAGCCGACUGCUGUCAGAAUCUGGGCUGCUUCCCACUGUUGAUGCUAACAGCUAUGGGAAUCCUGCUUCAGAGCCUAACAAUGCGAAUCCUGAUAGUUUGAGUAACAACAAUACUGUUGAAGGUACGUCAACUGCUGGAGAAGAAGAGCGGGAUGCGGAGAUGGAAGAUGAACUAGCAAGAGACAUAGAAAAUGCAGAUGCUUUAUCAGACUAUGACAUUGAAGUUACAAAAGAAGGUGAAGCCAUAAUAAAGUAUUUAACUCUUUUGGCCUCAACAGAGAAAAACAAUUACUAGUACACAUUUGUGAAUAG